CCUCCAGUCAGUGCAGCCCACGUCUAUGUGUUGAUGAAAAAGAAUACUCGGGUGUCAAGGAAUAUACGAGCAUGUUGGUUCUUCAGGCAUUUGAGAAAAAGUGUGACCUUCAUACCAGCUUCUUCAGUUGAGGGGUUGACAGAGGACCUGACUCUCGUGUCAGUGAUACCACAUGACAGUGAUGUCAAGCUGCUGCUGGGACAGACCUACAGAAUUCAUAUAGGUCCAGACACGGUGGUGACUUUUUUAUCCUCCCAGUACAGGCUGUCUUUCACACUUGAUCUGAGUCCAUCGCUGAUGUCAGUGGACAUACACAAUGCACACUAUGUGUACGAAGGCGUGUUCAAGUCUUUGAGCAAAUGUUUACGCGCUCUUGUCCUCCCAUUGAGAAUCCCUGGCAGUGAUAUCUGGUACUCUCCUGAACUGUACAUCUCUGUCAUAUGUCACACACCGGUCGUCUGCUCAUCUACCAAUCAGGUUUUAGUACAAGGUGUCAAAUUAAGCCAGGCAAAUAUCGACUAUUAUCUGAGGCAUAUAGAAUGUGAACUAAUCCAGUAUGAGGCUGCCCUUGCACAUAGUUUUGCCUCAUUGCUCAGGCUCUGCAAGCGAAAGGAGAACUUCUUCUUGGAUGAUGGUGAGGAAGAGAAUGCCACUGCUGAGUUUAGCCUGCAGGACCACAUGGGCAACCCAGAGGCAGGUUUUACCAAUAUGCUCAGAUAUGGGAUACUGGCAUUGCAGCUUCUGCCUGAGAAUUCCAGCUCUGGCAUUGUGGUCAUCACAGAUGGCAUUGUUGGGCUGCCAAGUUCUUCUAUGAUAGAGCUGUUGCUCAACAGGAUGCGAAACAACACCAUCAUGUGCAGCUUUAUCAAAGUUGGCAGCCCAUCUGGCCUCUAUCGCAAGCUGGCCCAUGUGCCGCACAUUGAGCUGAUGCAGGCAAUCUCAACGGCAACAUUUGGGGCUUACCUAAGCUCGGCUCCUCCUGUGACUGAGGAGGAGAAUGAGACCAACUUGUACCACCGGGCCAUGCUGUUCUGGUCAUUUCAGCGGGGUCUAGAGGGCUUUAAGUAUGACCUGACACACUACAGUGAUGAGGACAUGCCUGGUUCUAUCUCAUGGAUCAAAAG